AUGGCCUUUAACGAGGACGUCGGAGCUCUCGUGAUCGACAAUGGAUCCGGCAUGUGCAAGGCCGGAUUCGCCGGUGACGAUGCACCUCGCGCCGUCUUCCCAUCUAUCGUCGGUCGCCCAAGGCACCAGGGUGUCAUGGUUGGCAUGGGCCAGAAAGACAGCUACGUUGGUGAUGAAGCCCAGUCCAAGCGUGGUAUCCUCACCCUGAAGUACCCCAUCGAACACGGUAUCGUGACCAACUGGGACGACAUGGAGAAGAUCUGGCAUCAUACUUUCUACAACGAACUCCGUGUUGCCCCUGAGGAACACCCCGUACUCCUGACCGAGGCACCCCUCAACCCGAAGGCCAACCGUGAGAAGAUGACUCAAAUCGUUUUUGAGACCUUCAACUCUCCUGCCAUGUAUGUAGCUAUUCAGGCUGUGCUGUCGCUGUACGCAUCUGGUCGUACCACCGGUAUCGUGCUGGAUUCUGGCGAUGGUGUCACACACACUGUGCCCAUCUAUGAAGGUUACGCCCUGCCCCAUGCCAUUCUUCGACUGGAUAUGGCUGGUCGCGAUCUGACGGACUACCUGAUGAAAAUUCUGACUGAGCGUGGCUACAGUUUUACCACGACUGCCGAGCGUGAGAUCGUAAGAGAUAUCAAGGAGAAGCUGUGUUAUGUGGCGUUGGACUUCGAGCAGGAGAUGAGUAAUGCUGCGUCUAGCUCAGCUCUGGAGAAGACUUACGAGUUGCCUGACGGUCAGGUCAUUACCAUUGGCAACGAGCGUUUCCGCUGCCCGGAGGCUUUGUUCCAACCGAAUUUCCUUGGCCUGGAGUCUGUUGGUAUCCACGAGACCACCUACAACUCCAUCAUGAAGUGUGACUUGGAUAUCCGAAAGGAUCUCUACGCGAACACAGUCUUGUCUGGAGGUUCAACCAUGUACCCUGGCAUCGCUGACCGUAUGCAGAAGGAGAUAUCGGCAUUGGCUCCAAGCACAAUGAAGAUCAAGAUUGUGGCCCCACCGGAGAGGAAGUACUCCGUCUGGAUUGGUGGUUCCAUCCUGGCUUCCCUUUCAACUUUCCAACAGAUGUGGAUUUCCAAGCAGGAGUACGACGAGUCUGGGCCUGCCAUCGUUCACCGAAAGUGCUUCUAA